AACACAUUAUAAGAAAAUGGCGGACGAUACUUUAACCGAACUAUCCGCUUUGGAAAUCUCAAAACUAAAGGUACCGGAUUUAAAAAGAGAGUUAAAAUUACGCGGCUUGACGACUUCAGGUAACAAAAAUGAAUUAGUAGAAAGAUUACAAGCCGCCAUGAAGACUAGUGAUUGUGUUGGAGUUGAUUCCGUGGAUGAUCUAGAUGAAGACCUUUUAAACGAUGACGAUGAUGAGCAUUUGGAAGGAGAUGUGGUAGUUGAAGAGGAGGAAAGCGUCCUAAAUGAAUCUGUAGCCUCAAAAACCGUUAAAAGAAAAAUUAGUGACGCUGAAAGUGAUAAAACAGAUAAAUCCGGACCUCCGAAAAAAGUUAUUUUGAAUAGAAAUACUAGUGUUAAUAUUGAACCACCAAGAGUAUUGACUGAAGAUAAAAAGGAGUCUGAAUCUGAGGAUGAUAAAAAGGUUAUUAAAUUGUCUGAAAUGACUGCCAAGGAGAGAUUGGAAUUAAGAGCCAAAAAAUUUGGAGGUGCUCCGCCAGAUGACUUGAAAAAAGCAGUUAGAGCUGAGAGAUUUGGAAAAGCUCUUAAUGGUUCAAAUUCAGUGAAUAGUAUUAAAACUCCUGUGAAUACCAGUAUUGAUGUACUUAAGCAAAGAGCAGAGCGGUUUGGGGGAUCAGUAUCAACUGUAAUGUCAAAGGUAGAGAAUCAAGAAAAAAUGGAGAAAAGAAAGGCUCGAUUUGGUAUUGUAUCCAAUACCAAUGGAGCUACAGGUGAUAGUGAUAAAGCAAAAGCAAGACUUGAAAGAUUCAAACAGCCAAUUAAAUAAAAUCAUAUAUUUUGAUGAUUCCUAUUUUUGUACAAACAUACUUUUUAGGAUAAGUUUUAUAUGAUUUGUAAACGUUUUUUAUAAUGGAGGAUAUAAAAAAAAUUAUUUUUUACUUUUAUGUAUGUAUGUAUGUUCACUGUAUUGACUGGCUUAAUAAAAUUACAUUAAUUGUUGAGUA